CACCGGUUUUUCCGAUGGAUUUCCAGGUGGUGGUUCUGGCCGGCGGCACUUCGAAGAAUUUCAUUCCUCCGACUCUUCCUUUUUCAUAUUUUUGGUUCCAAUCCAUUCUAUAAUCAUUGCUGAAUUCUUCUUUUCCACUUGGAAUACAGGAGGUGCCCAAAGCACUACUUCCGGUGGCGAGCCGUCCCGUUAUCUCUUACGUUUUGGAGCAUCUGGAGCAAAACAACCUCAAGGAUCUGGUUGUUGCAAGCUUCGUUCUUCCUGCGCUCUCUAAUUCGAUUGUUAUUUUCAUGUUCCUGAUUAGCUUGGAGUGUUUUUGGGGUAGGUGGUAGAGGGCAGAGAUGCGGCACUCCAUGUUGGUGGUUGGAUAUCUGGGGCUUAUGUUGAUCGUCUACAUGUUGAGGUUGCUGCAGUCCCUGAAGAUGUGGGAACUGCUGGUGCAAUUAGGGCCAUUGCACACCACCUGACUGGUGCAAUUAGCAUUUGCCAUCCUUCAUAAUAGUUGGCUUAUGUGAUAAAGUUAUACUUUAAAGCAUCCUUCAUGUUCCUGCAGGUUGUAAGUGGUGAUCUUGUUUCUGAUGUACCUUCCGGUGCAGUUGUGGCUUCUCAUAGACGUCAUGGUGCAGGGGUGACUGCAGUGUUUGUGCUCUGCUCCUGUCAGUGGAGCUUUGGAGUCAGGAUCUGGUGGUGGAAAGGAUAAAAUCAAGAAACCUGGACAAUAUGACAUCAUUGGCCUUGACAGAACUAAACAAUUUUUGUUAUACAUUGCAACCGGAGGUGAAAUUGAGAAGGAUACUCGAAUUCAGAAGACCAUUCCACGUGCACUUGGCCAGGUGGAAAUUAGAUCUGAUCUUAUGGAUGCUCAUAUGUAUGCAUUCAAAAGAUCUGUUUUGCAAGAAGUUCUUGAUCAAAAGGAUACAUUUCCAAGCUUAAAAAAGGAUGUACUUCCAUAUCUUGUUCAGAGCCAGCUAGUUAGUCGAAUAAGGCCCCCGAAAACAAGGAUGUUUAUUGUACAAUUUCCUUAGAUCUCUAACUUAGUCUUUUUAUGAUUGUUUCUUGAGCAUCAGAAAUCAGAGGCACUAAAAUAUGCACCACUUGUGGAAGAAAAUGGAAACCAGAAGAUUAAUACCCAGAAUAACCAAGCAACUCUGUCUCGGAUAAUUGCUAAUGCAUCUACCCCAAGCUUUUAUGAACUCUAUGAAUUGGGUUCUAAUGGUUCUGCUCCUAUUUGGAAAAAAAUUAAAUGCUGUGCUUAUAUUGCCAGCAAUAGCAAGUACUGUGUGCGAUUGAAUUCCAUUCAAGUAUUCAUGGAUAUCAAUCGAGAUGUGAGUUUAUGUGUUUCUUAUUUGGGCCUGCUUAUCUCAAACUACCAAGUUUUACUUGUUAUUGCAGUUUUUGUUCCAUUGAGUUGAGCUUAUUCUUUUAAUAUUUCAGAUCAUUAGUGAGGCAAAUCAUCUGUCAGGGCAUUCUUCUCUGCCCAUAAUAAUAUCAUACAUCCUUCAACAGAGCUUGGAUCAAAAACUACUGUGAGUCCACUUUAAUAGACAGGCGUAUCUAAC